CAGUUUGCUUAGAUAUCUUAACCCAAAAACAGCGACCCAACUUUUAAUCUUGGGCGGGACCUAAUUUCUCACAGCUUCUUUACAACAUCCAUGGCUGCGACGCAGUAAACGGCCGUUAAAAUUCGCGCCAACAUUUGAAAGCGAAGAAGAGAUGCGUCACUUAACUCAGCAUCUAAAACAACGCUGUAAUGCAAUUACAUUCAAACAAUCCUUCAGCUUUUCCAACUUGGCCGAGCAAAACCAACCAUCUCUUCUAUACCUUAGAAAGCGGCGCGAUUUGGCUCACCUCUUACAGCUCCCCUUAACAGAGAAUUGUAACCGCAAUUUGUGCUGUGAACAGGUUCACGCUCAAGUUUUCGUUAAUGGGUUACACUCUGAUACGUUUCUUGGGAAUCUUAUGUUGCAUAACUAUUCAAAGCGGAAAAAAUUGAGUUAUGUUUGUAAUUUGUUUGAUAAAAUGUGUGAGAGGAAUUUGGUUUCUUGGUCUUCCAUGGUUUCUAUGUAUACCCAGUCAGGGUAUCAUGAAAAAGCUUUGAUGGUAUUCAUUGGUUUCUUAAAGAAUUUUGAUGGGCGGCCGAAUGAGUAUAUUUUGGCGAGUGUUGUGCGUGCCUGCACACAGCUGGGUGGAGGCAGAGAUUUGGGUGAGCAAAUUCAUGGUUUUGUUAUUAAGAGUGGUUUUGAUCAAGAUGUUUACGUGGGUACUUCUUUGGUUGAUUUUUAUGCAAAGAGUGGGUGUAUAGAUGAUGCGAAAAUGGUUUUUGAUGGUUUAGUGGUGAAAAGUAGUGUUAGUUGGACUACAAUCAUAAGUGGGUAUGUGAAAAGUGGGGGGAGUGACGUGUCAUUGAAGUUGUUUAGUGAAAUGAGACAGACUGAUGUUGUUCCUGAUAAAUAUGUAUUGUCGAGUGUGAUAAGUGCUUGCUCAAUGCUUGAGUUUGUAUCGGGUGGGAAGCAAAUUCAUGCUUAUGUGUUGAGGAGAGGAACAGAAAUGGAUGUUUCAGUGGUUAAUGUGCUGAUAGAUUUUUACACAAAGUGCGGGAGGGUGAAAAUUGCUAGGAGGCUUUUUGAUGAGAUGGUAGUUAAGAAUGUUAUUUCAUGGACCACAAUGAUUGCCGGGUACAUGCAGAAUUCAUUUGAUAUGGAAGCCAUGAAACUGUUUUCAGAAAUGACAAGAUCAGGCUGGAAGCCUGAUAACUUUGCUUGCACAAGUGUUCUUACAUCAUGUGGUUCCCUUGUCGCAUUAGAGCAGGGAAGACAAGUGCAUGCUUACUCCAUCAAGACCAAUCUUGAGUUUGACAAUUUUGUUAAAAAUGGUUUGAUUGAUAUGUAUGCAAAAUGUGAUUCCUUGAGUGAUGCAAGAGGAGUUUUCAAUCUUAUGGAUGAUCACAAUGUGGUCUCUUACAAUGCAAUGAUUGAAGGAUACUCAAAACAAGAGAAGCUGUCUGAAGCAUUGGAUCUUUUCCAUGAGAUGAGGCUUAGUGUUGUGCCCCCUAGCCUUUUGACAUUUGUUAGUAUCCUUGGUUUAUCAGCUGCAUUGUCUACCUUGGCAUUGAGCAGGCAAAUUCAUGGUCUCAUCAUUAAGUAUGGAGUCUCUUUCGACCUUUUUACUGGAAGUUCUCUAAUAGAUGUUUAUUCCAAGUGCUCUUGUAUUAAAGAGGCAAGAAUGAUAUUUGAGGAGAUGAAUGAGAAAGAUAUUGUUGUGUGGAAUGCAAUGCUUUUUGGUUACACCCAACAGUCAGAAAAUGAAGAGGCUCUCAAACUCUACUUAGAACUACAAUUAUCGAGACAAAGACGUAAUGAAUUUACUUUUGCUGCUCUAAUAACAGCAGCUAGUAACCUAGCAAGUCUCCAACAUGGUCAACAGUUCCAUAGCCACCUGAUUAAGCUGGGUUUGGAGUUUGAUCCAUUCGUUACAAAUGCACUUAUUGAUAUGUAUGCUAAGUGUGGAAGCUUUGCAGAGGCUCAUAAAACUUUUAGUUCCACAAUUUGGAAAGAUGUUGCUUGUUGGAAUUCCAUGAUCUCAACAUAUGCACAUCAUGGAGAAGCCAAAGAAGCCCUUCUGUUGUUUGAAGAAAUGAUGAAGUAUGGACUAAAACCCAACUAUGUUACAUUUGUAGGUGUGCUCUCAGCAUGUAGCCAUGCUGGACUUGUAGACGAAGGACUCUGUCAUUUUGAAUCAAUGGCCGGAUUUGGAAUUGUACCUGGGACAGAACAUUAUGCUUGUGUUGUUUCUCUAUUGGGCCGUGCUGGUAAACUAAAUCAGGCUGUAGAAUUUAUUGAGAAAAUGCCCAUAGAACCAGCAGCAGCUGUAUGGAGAAGUUUGCUCAGUGCAUGUAGAACUUCUGGUAAUGUUGAACUGGGAAAAUAUGCAGCAGGGAUGGCAAUUUCCAUUGAUCCAACAGAUAGUGGUUCUUAUACUUUACUUUCAAAUAUAUUUGCAGAUAAAGGUAUGUGGGCAGAUGCCAAGAGGGUGAGAGAGAGAAUGGACUCUGAUGGGGUAAUGAAAGAACCUGGUCGUAGUUGGAUAGGAUUGAAUAAUGAGGUGCAUGCAUUUAUUGCAAGAGACAAAACUCAUUGCGAGGCUGAUCAAAUGUAUUCAGUUUUGGACAAUUUGAUUUUGCAAAUUAAGGGAAUUGGUUAUGUUCCAGAUACUACUACACUUCUGUUGAAUGACUGAGGACACAAUAGCAUAAGAAAGCCAAAAUUAGCUCGACUUAUUCUCUGACAGAUAUGUGCAUGGAACAGCUUUUCUAUGUGGUCUUUAGGUUGAAUACGUCCACUUUUCUGCACAUUCUACUUAUUAUUCGGUGUAGAUUGUGGAAAUGAUUGCUGGCAAAUGAAAUUGGUUGAUAUGUGAAGGUAGUGCAUUACCGUAAACAGUUUUUCUGUCAUUAGAUGUAUAAUCUUUGGACAUGAAUCCUUGAACUGGAGACAUCAUGGAAGGCUUAUGCACUAAAUUUUUGAGAACCUUUAUGCAUCUCUUCAUUCAUGGGGAACACGGACAGAAAAUGAAAGUUCAAGUUGGAGAAAACAUGAGGGAAGGGAAGAAUCUUUGGAAAACACUGUAACCAUAGAUUAUUUAUUUUUCUAAGACUAAAAACCUGAUUUAAUGAAAAAUUAAUGCGAGGAUAGGCAGUAACUAAUACUGUCUCACAUCUCCGAAUAUUCGCCAAUUUCAAUUGGAAGUAUCAUUUCUUUUGAGCUCUGAUCCGAUACCUUUAAUUUAAUUACUCACACCUCUCGCUUCCGAUGUUGGUUGAGCAAGCUGAACUUCAGGAAUUUACCAAAUUCCUUCACCUGGGACCAAGGUGAUCCAAGCUUCUGUAGCAUGUAAACAAUAUCCUUUCUUUUCUUCAACACAAUUUCUUCAAGGUUUCCUCUUUGAUACCUGCCUGCAUUACUUCCUGUUUAAAUGUUUGUUAUAGUUUGCUCAAGAGUUCUAGUAAAAUUAUACUAACAGAAGCCAAAGCUGAAUGCAUUUUUACAUUUGCAGUUGCAUAUGCCAUGCCUUACAACAAGAAAGCAAGAAGAGGAAAGCAUGAUUUCAAGGCGGAGGAGCCAGCAUCAAAUAUGGCCUCAUGGUUGUGGCUGCAGUUGCAUCAGGGUGCUAGAUCAAAGCAACCUUCAACAUUUCAUGGCAUAGCAAUUGCUUGAGGAGAUUCAAUAUUUUGUAUCUUCACCCCUAUUGUUUAUACAGUUGUAUUAUGUGAUGUUCAAAGGAUUACAAGGAAAAUGACACUUUCCCCUCUGAGAUUUGGCCCAAAGGCAGUUGAGUCCUAUAAGAAAACUUUUAAUAA